AUGGAGGAAGGUUUUUCGAGAGGGGAGAAGAGAGAACUUUAUCAUAAUAUAGAUUUAUAUGUGUUUCAGUUGAAUCGGAAAGACCUCAUUCAGAGGAAUAGAAAGAGGAAGGUGCCUAUUUCACAUCGAUGGGUUUUUGGUUCUCUUACUUUGGUUGGCAAAAGUCAAAUUUACAUCUCCUCUGUUGUUUCCUUCCACCUACAGUGGGCUUCAUUGUAUCUGCAUGUCAAUUGGUGUUGUGUCUGCACUUGCAAAAGUAAGAGAAGGAAAAAAGUAAUUUCAUGUAUAGCUGAGAAUAGUGCACAUGGUGAACUGAAAAUGAUUCAGUUUCACAUAAUUGAAGAAUGCAAUCAGAAUUUAAGCAGGAUGAUAUACUUGGUGAAGGAGAUUUUUGCAGAGUCUACAAGUGUUCUUUGGUGUCUGUACCAGAUGCAACUGAAAAAAGUGUACAAAGUGAACUGAAAAGGUGGAAAUGAAAGAGACAAAGAACUACCCUGACUGAACUGAGUAAGUAU